AUGGCGGAUCCUCUAUCAAUCGCUGCGAGUAUCGCGGGUCUUGUAGGCCUUGCCGACAUUGUCUUCGCCCGCUUGGUGAAGUUCGGGCGAUCUGUCAAGAAUGCAGAAGAGGAGAUUCGACACCUCGCUCAGGAGAUCAAUCUCCUUGGAGGAGCCCUGAACAGCCUCGAACGACUAGCCCAGGUCCUGAAAGACGAUGCUUUCGACACAAACCUACGAAUGCACAACAUCGACGACUGCAGGGAGACUUUGAAAGAGAUAAAUAAGAAGCUGGAAAAGCUGGAGGCCACUUCUAGUUUGAUGAAGCAGAAGCUCAUGUGGCCAUUUACCAAAGACCGUGUGAAGGAAUGGCUCGACGAUCUGUCCAAACACAAAGAAAACAUCAACCUAGCGCUGUCCGCCGAUCCCCUGGAUGCCAUGCUACGAGUUUUGUCCCAGGAAGGCCAUCACGCCGCAGAGAUUCUGGCCGAGAUCAAGGAAACGCGGAAGAUCACUAGUCGAAUCCACCAAGACUCCGAACGACUUAAGGUCUUGAAUUUCUUCUUGAAGUACAACCCACAGAAGAACUACGACAUGAGCAUACGCCUGCGACAGUCCGGAACCGGAAUCUGGCUUCAAAAGCUCCAAGACUUUCAGCAUUGGUUAUCUGAACCCGGCUCUAAGUUGUGGCUCAAGGGCAUCCCCGGAGCGGGCAAGACUGUACUUGCGGGCUCAAUCAUCGAGUCAGCUCUGAACAGGAGCACUGAAGCUAUUCCGUCUGCUUUCUUCUUUUGCGAUUAUAAGGAAGCAGACACUCACGCGAUUGAGAACAUCUUGGGCGCCUUAGUUUACCAACUUUCUAUUCAGAAAGAAGACGCCUAUGCAAUGCUUGAACGAUACUACAACGAGUUACAUCCCAUCAACGGCCUUCCAAAACAACCCACCAGAAAGGCUCCGCAAAAGUUAUUGAGAAGGAUAAAAGAGUUGUUCGAUCACACUUAUCUCGUAGUUGAUGGCCUCGACGAAUGUGGUAAAUCGACUGACGAAGUAGUAGAGUGUCUGUUUGACAUCUCGGAGGACGCUGACAAUGUUUCAAUUGCCCUCCUCAGUAGAGACGAGGAUGAAAUUCGAAGCCGACUAGAGGGCAGCUUUACCCCUAUCGAGAUUGCAGCGCACAAGGAAGAUAUUACCGAGUAUGUCACGGCUGAAAUUCAGGAGAGAAUUCGGUCUAGAAGGUUGCGCAUAAGCAACCUACAUCUCAAGGGAGAGAUCCUCCAGGGGCUGAUUGACGGCGCUAAGGGCAUGUAA